AUGUCCUCGUCAUCAUCGGCCCAACGCUAUAGGGCACUGUACACGCCACUCCUCCCCGCCCACCGAUACCACGACUUUGACCACGUGAAGCGGUUCAUCGACCUCACCGUGUCUGAGGCGCGCACGGGCGCGGGGUACUCCGGCGCCGCGGGCCUACUGCAAGCGCUCCGAGAAGACCUCGUGGAGAACGUUUCUGGUAUCACGCGGGGGCUACGAUAUCUGGACGCCAAGCUGGGGGCGGACGAGAUGCGGAGCGCGAAUGGCGAGGACGCCGCGCCGCCAGCAUACUCGCGAUCGCUGGAACUCCAGCCCACCAUCCCCCCCGAAGCGACGAGCGAUAUGGCCAUCGUGCGCAUUGCCGAGCUGGAAGCGCGCGUCCUCCAGCUGAGUCGGGACGCGGCGAGCGCCAAUAUCGCCAGAGAGGAGGCCGAGACGAAUGUCUCUUCUUUGCAUGCGAGGGCUGCUCUUGAGGAAGUGGAGAGGGAAAGGAGCCAAUCUGGUUCUCCAGCUACGCACGCGCGGGAGGGCAAAGGUGGCUCAGUGGAGACGGGACCGAACGAAGGAAAGCGGCGCUUGUUCCAAUUUCGCUCGAAGUAG